CGCUCGGAGUGGCGGCAGUUCGGUGCGCGCGCGCGCCUCGUGCUGAGGGGGAAGAAUUGGGGCUGGGAUCCGAUGCAGUUUCAAGGGAGUCUGAAUGACCAGGUGGAAACUUGAUCUGAACUAGGACUUCAAGUGGAGAUGAUGCUGUCACCACUUCUUGAACCAUCCCCCUUUGCGACAAAGCAAACAAUUCCUGUAUCCAGAUGCUGCACAAAUAGUGAGGAACAAUGGACUGGCCCCCAACAAAGAGUCAACAGAUGCUGGAGGAAGGUGUCCCACCUGAAGUGGAGAUGAUCUGGAAAGCUGAAGCACUCUGAAUGAACCAACAUGGGUUUGCGAGUGUUGGGUUGUCUCUUUAAUUUACCCACUGCUGUGAUCUAUGGGUCCCUGUCGCUCUUUGUUUCCAUUUUGCACAAUGUGUUCCUCCUAUAUUACGUGGACACCUUUGUUUCUGUUUACAAGAUUGAUAAACUGUCCUUUUGGAUUGGGGAGACAGUGUUUCUAAUUUGGAACAGCCUCAAUGACCCUCUCUUCGGCUGGUUGAGUGACCGGGUAUUUCUUAGCACGCAACAGUCAGGGGUGGAGAUCUCCUCACCAGAAGUCAUUCUUAAGAGACUUAAGGCACUGAGCCGCAAUGGGCCCCUUUUUGCCAUCUCUUUCCUGGCUUUCUGGGUUUCGUGGGCCCAUCCAGGUCUCCAGUUCCUCCUCUGCCUCUGCCUCUAUGACAGCUUUCUUACCAUGGUGGAUCUCAACCACAAUGCCUUGCUCGCAGACCUUGCUGUUUCUGCAAAGGACAGGACUAGCCUAAAUUUCUACUGCUCGCUUUUUAGUGCCAUCGGUUCCCUCUCUGUCUUCAUGUCCUAUGCAGUGUGGAACAAAGAAGACUUCUUUUCUUUCCGGAUAUUUUGUGUGGUGCUGGCUCUCUGCUCUGUUGCUGGGUUUACCCUGGCAACGUGGUUGCUAAGACAACGAUUUGAGACUGAAGUGAAAUGGGACCAAGAAUCAACUUUAAAAGAAUUGUACAUUGAGCAACCAUCUGCCCCGCUGGAGAAGAGGAUUACACUGGGCGAAUACCUCAAACAGCUGUCCCGGCACCACAACUUCCUCUGGUUCGUCUGUAUGAACCUAGUACAGCCUUCCUGUGCGAGCGCUGAAUCCUCCUCUUCCCCCUACAUUCCCAAGGUUUUUCACUGCCACUUUAACAGCAACUUCUUCCCUCUCUUCUUGGAACACUUGCUGUCAGAUCGGAUCUCUCUCUCUACAGGAUCCUUCCUACUAGGUAUUUCCUACAUCGCCCCUCAUCUCAACAACCUCUAUUUUCUGUCUCUCUGUCAAAGAUGUGGGGUUUACGCGGUGGUGCGAGGGCUCUUCUUCCUGAAGCUGGCUCUCAGCAUCAUCAUGCUUCUAGCUGGACCCGACCAGGUGCAUCUUCUCUGCAUCUUCAUAGCCAGUGCUCCCUGUUUCCACGUGCUGCUGAGUCAUGCCCUGUCUGCUCUGCUCCGCAGUAACCGGGUGUUCACGGAAGGAACCUGCAAGCUGCUGAACCUGGUUGUCACUGACCUGGUGGAUGAAGAUUUUGUCUUGAACCGCAGGAAGCAGGCUGCCUCGGCGCUGUUGUUUGGGAUGGUUGCCUUGGUAACCAAGCCUGGCCAGACCUUUGCCCCCCUGAUUGGCACCUGGUUGCUCUGUACUUAUACUGGUUAUGACAUUUUCCAGCGGGCCCCUCUGAGCAACGUGGUGAGCGCCCAACCGAAGCUGGCGUCCAACACAGCCUGGGAACCAACUCUGCGCCAGGGCUGCUUUUACCUCCUCGUCUUCAUCCCCAUCACAUGUGCAUUACUGCAGCUCCUCAGCUGGUCGCAGUUCAGCCUGCAUGGAAGGCGCCUCCAGAUGGUCAAGUCCCAGCGCCAGAGCCUGACUCAGAGUCGAUCACGAGAGAUCAGAAUGAUCUAGAUGUGCCUGAGCCCUUCGGCUCUCACUGACUCUGUGCUGUGGGUGUGGUUACGCCUCUCUGCAGUCCAGGGGAUGCAGACUGAGGCGAGGGGGCUUGCUGGCUAAGAACUGAAAGUGUUUACAAUUCAACUGUGAAAUGCUCACAAUGCAGACGUUUCCUCGCUCCAGGAGGCAGUCGGUUUGGAAGGCAGGUACGUCAGAGACAGGGGUGACUGGUGUGUGCUCAGAGUGGGGGCGUUUGCUCAGGCAAUCAGAUGGAGUCUUAGCUCUUGCACUUUUUGAGGUGCUGCUGAUCUCAAGGGAGGGUGGGUGACAGUGGCAUAGCAUAAAGGAGACACAUUCUAACACGGUCUCUAGUGCAGUAUCUCACCCCGUGGCGCAUCAGUGGGAGAGCAGAUGCUGUUGGGCCAGCCCCGUGGUGGUUUUGUGCAGUGCUAUCCAGGAAACCUGGGCUCAGGGCAGCUCUGCACUAGAAAUUUUACCAGUGUGCUAGUUAAGGGAGUGACUUGUUUUAUUUUUUACUGCAAAAGUCCCAGUGUAGAUGCGGUUAUACCAGCAAAAUAAAGCUUUUGUGGAUAAAGCUUAUUUGGUUCAGGGAACUGGUAUAAGCCACACAGGCAAAAGCACUCUUGUGAGGCUAUAAGCUGCAUCUCCACCUAGCCUGACCUGCAGUCCUUUCUAGUGUGGACUAGGCCUUUGUCUCCUGCUCUGCUCGCGCUCCCUGGCUCAGCAGGAGCAGGUAGGUUGCAGAGGCAUUGUGGUCAUCUCCUUCAGGGAAUGGAUGCUGUUCCUCACCAGGCUCUGCAGCCAGUUAGGGGGCAGGCUUGACAUUCUCCAGCUGGACGAAGUGGUGACUCUGAGGCAGGGUUCUGGAGUUAGAAGGGGGUUUACAGGAUGAAAAGUUGGGAUGGGGGAAUCUUCUAGGUGUUUGGGAAUUGGGAUUUGAGACUCUUCAGUGUAGCUACUUCCUGCUGCCAUAAUGCCUGACACCUAAUUCACUGCAGAGAAGUGACACAGUUCUUAGAUCAAGCCCAUUCUGUUGGGUUCAGGACAGGUCUGUUCCCCAGAAUCAUUUAACGUGAAGCAGAAUUCCUUUAGCAAGAUCAACGCUCGUAUCGCUGCUGCAGACGUCUCUCCUGGGACGUUGCUAAAUGUGACACUUCUUGAAGUCAUUCAACAGCCCAGAAGAAGCUGGGUGGACGUGCCCUCAUUUGGGCUCCCAGCUCAAUGGGGAACUCUCUGCUCAGAGUCCCAAUGCUAAUCGCUUUCACGCAACCCGCAGAGGCUUGUGUGAAUGUGAUGCUGGAGUCCCUGCAGUGAACGGGCAGGGUGGGGGAGAGCCCACCUUCCCCGUGUUACUGCCUUUCGUCCGGGGGUUGCUUAUCUGCUGCUUUCUCUGCUAAAUGGCUCCUGGUUCUUGAAGCCCGUUUUUAAACAGAGUGUAGGACCUCCUGAUGUGGGGAGGGGGCUCUAGAGCCACCCCCACCCCAAAGGGAAUUGAUACAGCAACACCAGCUUUGUUGGGGACCUGUCCACCAGCAAGACCCAGGCCCAGUGAGACUGCUGAGCACCAUAACCCCUUCUCUUUGCAGCCUGUAAGCAAGACGGCACAGGGCCUUACCACACAAGCAUUCAUCCCUGCAGCACAAGAAAUCCCCCUGAAAUAACAGAACUGCCUCAGCCUGGAGCUGUAGGAUUGAGCUCCAUGGAACCAAACUGUACCUAGUAAGGGGAAUAGUUUUGUGUCUCCCCCAGUCUGGAGCCUCUAUUUUAAAUCAUCCUGACAAACCUGAUUAUGAGCCUAAGUCUGAGCCCAUCCCUCUCCACUGCUGGGGAGGGGAAGCCCAACCCUGCCCUGCUACCCAGGUUCUUCUUGUACUCCUAGUUCUUCUCUUCUACCAUUAGUGAAAUUCAGGUCCCACUGAGUUUUAUGGUAAAACUCUCACUGACUGCAGUGGGGGCAGGAUUUCACCCCAUCUGUGUAAAUAGAUGUUAGUUUUGUGUCAUCAGAGAGUAUACGUGCUGAGAAUUUAGAGCAGUAUCUAAACCAGUGAGAAUGCCAGCUCUGAUGAGAAACUGCUUAGACUUUUUGUCUUGUCUUGUUUUAAACCAUAUCCUAGUGGUUGACUGACUGACUCCGCAGCCAAACAGAAGUUCUGGAGCGAGAGCUUGAGGGGUUGAAAUGUACAGAAGACCUUGAUCACGCUGGGGUCAGAACAAGCGCACAUUUGUAGCUAGCACAGCUCUGAUCCGGGUUGCAUGCAGGGGCUGUUGAUCUGUGAAAUCCCCUAACUGGUUUGUCUCAGAAUGGUUUAUGCUGAGUUGGCAAAACUGGCUCAUGACCAAGAUGCAUCGUGCCAAAGCACUUUGGGAUUUGGUCUCAGUUUUGGCUGGAGGUGGAUAAGCACCUACCUACUCUCACAGCUGCAGGAGAACAGGGAAAAUAUCGGGAGCAUGUGAAGGCCAAACUCCCCCAUCAUGUAUGUGCUGUGUAUUCAGUUAGACACCAGCCAGGUGCCCCCUUUGGGGCUUCCUCUUGUUCUGCUGUUAAAGAUGGAGCCAGCCAAACUACUGCCGUUUCACCUCAGGACCCAGCCGCCUCGGGUCUCGGACCAAGCUGUAAUAGUUACCACCUGGAGGCGUCUGUAUCUUUUGGUGGUUAAAUCAUAACUUAUUUAUGUAAUUUUUAACAAACUUUGACAGAUUCUUCAUUUCCUAAUGAGCUGAUUAAAAAUGACCUUUUGUGUAUUGCUGUUCUACGGUUCAGUUUGGGGUCGGUUUCUGGAGUGCUUCACAAAGCAGCUAGUGC